GGAUUCGGUUCGUUUCCUCUCGUAAUCAUGGCACUAAGUAUUAUCGCGACCAAUAUUCCGACUAUCUAUUCUUUGGCUUUGACUUUCCAGGUUCGUUCAACUACACAUCAACAUUAUUCCUCUCUAACGACUAUACUCGACAUGCUCGCCUAUUGGUUUGCCAUCUUCUCCGCUAUCUUCAUCGAGGAACAUCUCAUUCUCUGUCGCGGAAAAUGGUCGAAUUACAAUGCUGAGGAUUACAACAACUGGCGUAAACUUCUGUUGGGGGCGGCCAGCUUCAUUGCGUUGUCUUGCGGGGUUGCGGGAGCUGAAGUUGGGAUGGCACAGUCGUGGUAUAUUGGUAUCAUUGGAGGAAUG